UAGUAUGAUUGGUGAAUUCGCUCACCUGGGUGCGGCUGUUACACCUGAAAAACACAGAUGUUGAGGAUUUCCUGCAGUAGGAAAGUCGAUCAGAUUAAAGAUAGAACUGGUUCAUCAUGGACUUGGAUCUGAGUGCAGCGGCCGGAGAUGAUGAGAUGAAGAAGGCGGAGGGGCAAGAGGUGGAGGGAAUAUUUGGCUUUGGAAAAAAAGAUGACAAAGAAAAGGAGAAAGAAAAAGAUAAAAACAAAGAUUGCCAGGAUAAGGACAAGAGUGAUUGCAAAGAUAAAGACAAAGACAAGAGCAAGGACAAAUGCAAAGACAAGGACAAGAAGAAAGAUAAAGAACACAAGAAGGGACACGGACACGGACACGGUCACGGACACGGACACGGACAUGGACGUGGACGCAGGUCCUCCUCUUCCUCCAGCAGCGAUGAGGAAUAAACCGGGACACGGAGACGCUGUUACGAGGGCUGUCAAAAGUGCAAUUGCACGUGUGUGUGUUUGUUUGAUUUAAAUGUUUUGUGACACACUAAAAUGGAAAAAUAAACUUUCGUGUUAGCUUUUGGGUGAACGAGUGAACGCCAAACCACACUGAAAUGCAACUGUACAGCGAGGACGUAUAUUAUGAAGGGGACAUUUGUUUAGACAUUUUGGGCAUGUUACCUUUAUCUUUGCUGUGUGUUUUGUUUCAUAACUGUUUGACGUGCAUUUAGAUGUUUCUAAAAUGCCAUUAAAUACCCUGUAAUACAUUUUAGAUGCAUAACUCGUAUUACAAACCAAUUCUGUUCUUCUCAAAUGUGUCAAUAAACAUGUGACAACUUACCCCAUACAGGCAAAA